UUUCGUUUUGCUAAUCAAACUCGGUAGAAUUAUUUGAGAGCGAUUGAUUAUGGGGAAAUUUGAGUAUAUGUAUGCUCGAUAGCUGCAAUGUUUCCAAUACUGGGACUGUUUUUGGCAUCACCGGCUAUACCUAAAAUUUUGGACAUUAUUAAACCAUUGAACGAAACUCGUAAUCUCAUAUAUUUAUAUGAAACGGAAUAUUUUGUCGAUCAGGAUGAAUAUUACGUUCCAAUUCUUAUUCAUACAUACUUGACUGUUCCAUUGUCUGUUGGUAGCAUCGUUUUUUUUGAUAACAUGCUUGGGACAUUUAUUCAUCAUUCCUGUGCAAUGUUAGAAAUACUCAGAUUUACUUCGGAAUUGGAUACAUCCAUAAAUAUAGCAUGGCUCAUAGUCCUAGGUCUUAAUUUAAUAAUACUUACUGUUACUGGGAUGACGACGGUUAUAAAAAUGAAUGAACCCGAUGAGGCCAUUAAAUUUAGUGCAUUUACAAUGGGUUCCCUUUUUCAUCUUUUCUACAACAGUUUUCAAGGACAAAUACUCAUUACACAAAGUGAAAAAGUUUUUCACGCCAUUUAUGAAUCUAAAUGGUAUGAUCUGCCUUGUUAUCAUCAAAAGCUCCUGAGCAUUAUAAUUAUGAAAAGUGUGAGACCCAACGCCGUUACGGCAGGGAAGUUGUAUAUUUUAUCAAUGGAUACAUUUAGUAUCGUUCUGAAAAACGCAAUGUCCUUCUUCACAGUUUUAUCGUCAAUGCGUUAG